AUGGCACAUUUGCCUAGGAUCCUCGCCCACGCCUCGGACCAGAGUAUCCCGAUCUUUUCCGGCGCGCCCAAGCCGCUCAUCGCGAGCAUGGGCAGCAAGUGGGCGGGCCACGGCGUCGACGGCCUCGGCGGCUCCAUCGGCGUCGCCCCAAGCACGCCACCGAGCGAGAAUCACGCGGUCUCGGCGCUGCUUCGCUUCGCCAAGGCGCAUCCGAAGGAGCUCACAAUCGUCGCCAUUGGACCUGCGACCAAUCUCGCGCUGGCUGCGAUGCUCGAUCCGACGUUCGUUGAGAACCUCAAGGAGGUCAUCUACAUGGGCUGUACGACGCGAGGCCAAGGCAACACGACGCCGCACGCCGAGUUCAACGUGGCGAGCGACCCCGAGGCCGCGCACAUUCUCUUGACGCAGUUUGCAUCGAAGCUCACGAUCGUGAGCUGGGAGACCGUCUGUGACGCCCACCUGACGUGGUCCUUUUACGACGAGCUGAUUGCGCUACCAACGCCAACCGCUCGCUUUCUCCAGCGCAUCUUCUCGGCGUACGAGCAGUACCGUCCGAGCGCCAGCAGCGGCAAGCAGCAAGAAUUUAUCCUCUGCGACGCGUACGCAACGGCGCUCCUCGUCGCUGACUGCGCGACGGACGUCUCGUUUGCCAAUGGUUAUGUCGAGCUCUCGCAAGGACCCACUCGCGGCGCAUGCCACUGGGUUCCAUCCAACGCACCUGCGACCAAGCUCGUGCACAUGUUUGACGUUGACCGCUUCAAGGCCCUUCUCCGGCACUUGAUGGAGGAGCGUGGCGCGCUGCAUGGAUCGAUGCCUUCUGGCCGUUCCGCGACAACGUGCUAGACGACUGCCACUAAGACUCGAUAAGAAGACGCUACUCGUGUUGGUCCCAUA